AUGGCCACCUCACCACCAGGUUCGCCCGCAAACGGCGUUCCGCGGCCCAUGAGCGCGAUGAUUAGACCGAACCGCAGCUCCAGUCGCAUGAGCGUGAGCAGCAAGCCGGGCGGGAGCAGGGCCUCUGAUGAGGACAGCAGGACGGCCGUCAAAGUUGCUGUACGAGUGCGGCCACCACUGCAACACGGCGAUCCAGGCUAUGAGCUCAUCCCACAGCGCUUCCGCAAUGCCCUCUGCCACGUCACAUCGCCCUCCAGUCUGACGAUAGAUGCGACCGGCGGCAAGAAGGUUUUUGUCUUUGACCGCGUAUUCGGCGAGGACAUCGAACAGGAAGGCGUCUUCGAAUACGUCUCGGACAGCGUGAAUUCCUUCGUCCAGGGCUACAAUGUCUCCAUUCUCGCAUACGGCCAGUCUGGUGCAGGAAAGUCCUACACCAUGGGCACCACCGGCCCGCGAGACCAGGCGGACAACGAAGUCAUGGGCAUCAUCCCUCGCGCUGCGGCGUUGCUUUUCGAGAAGCUCGAGGGUACCAGCAAUCGCGCUUCAUCGUCAGGAAUCCGCGUCCCAAGCCGUCUGUCGGGCAUACACAACAUGUCCUCCAAGGCGUCGUCAUCGUCGUCUGCCAAUCGGAACUGGCAGCUCAAGGCGACCUACGUCGAGAUCUACAACGAGCAACUUCGCGAUCUGCUGAUCCCCGAGCACGUGGCUGCCAAUGACCGGCCACAGGUCAACAUUCGCGAGGAUCGCGAUGGCCGCAUCCUCCUGACCGGACUGACCCAGAUUCCUAUCAAUUCGGUCGACGAUAUGCUGGGCGCGCUCAACUUCGGCUCCGCAAUCCGGCAAACCGACGCGACGGCCGUCAACGCGAAAUCAUCCCGCUCCCACGCAGUCUUCAGUCUAAACCUAGUUCAGAAGAAGUCGUCACCUGCUGCGCCUACUCCGACACGCGAGAAGCGCCGAUCCGUCCCUAUCGAGAUGAUGUCGGGUUCCUCGAGCGAGAGCUGGGUGACAGUCGACAGCAAGUUGCAUUUUGUGGAUUUGGCAGGAAGCGAAAGGCUGAAGAACACUGGGGCGCAGGGUGAGCGGGCUCGGGAGGGUAUCUCCAUCAAUGCAGGGCUUGCGAGCUUGGGCAAGGUCAUCUCGCAGCUGUCCGCACGUUCCCACGGCGGCUACGUCUCGUACCGCGACUCUAGGCUCACACGCCUACUGCAGGACUCGCUUGGCGGCAACGCCAUCACCUACAUGAUUGCUUGUGUCAACCCGGCCGAGUUCCAUUUAAGCGAAACCUUGAACACCGUCCAGUAUGCCCAGCGCGCCCGCGCUAUCCAAGUCAAGCCGCAAAUUCAGCAGAUCCAUGACGACAGUGAUAAACAGGCUGCCAUCGACCGGCUGCGGGCCGAAGUACAAUUCCUACGGGACCAGAUUCGACUGUCUGAGCGCACGGAUCGAAAGAAAGCAAGCCCUCAAGAGAGCCGUGAGCGCCAGGACGAGCGCGAGACUGAGCUCCAGAACCAGCUGCUUGACGUUCAGGAGAACUACAAUGCGCUGAGCGCCCGCCACGCUAAGCUAAUCUCCGAGAUCACCAAAGCCCGCGACAACAACGAGACGGAGACGCCUAUGCUAAAGGAUGCUAUUGGUGACUCUGCGCUUGAGAGACUAAAACGAUCUAAUUCAUUCGCCGAGGCUGUCGAAUCGGUAGUCUUGGAAUACGAGAAGACGAUCCAGACGCUUGAAUCUUCCCUUUCCAACACACGCUCCUCUCUGUCCAACAACGAGAGUGACCUCCUGGAAAAGGAGACCCGCAUCGCAAUCCUCGAAAGCCAGAACCACCACCUGCAAUCGCGCAUUCAGAAGGCAAUGGAACGGGACGCGAACAACGAAGAGUAUGUCCAGUCGCUUGAGCGCCAGAUCGACAACUCGGCGAAUGGCAUCGAGAAGAACGACACCAUCAUCUCUGAACUGCGCGAGAAGUUGCAAAGGCUUCGUGAGAAUGAAACCAGCAGCGAAGAAUACAUCUCUACUUUGGAAGAGCGUCUAGCUGAAAAUGAGCAAGAGACUGAGAUUAUGAGUCGUGAGAUUGAGCGACUCAAGCACGUCGUGGAGAGGCAGCGCAGCGUCGCCAAGUUGGACAACCUGCUUCACGAGCUCGACAACAAAGAGCACGCUGAGGAGCCUUACACCAAUGGCCAUUCAAAGACACCUAGCGACCCCUUCAUUGAGAAGCGCCCCAAGCUUGAGAAGCGAGUCACGAGCGAGAGCAUGCACCAGUUUGGCACUCCUGUGGAUGCGAUUCCUGAGGAGGCUGACAGUGAACGUCCACUCACAGCCAGCACCAAGCAUGACGGUGCAGACGAGCAGAAAGAUCGUUUUGCUGUCAAGGCUGCUUCAAUUGUCGGAGACGAACCUUCCAGCCCUGCGCAAGCUCGCUUCGUCAACGACAAACUCGAUACCGUGACCCAAGAGCUGCUUGACCUGCGUGUGGAGCACGAAGGAACGCUUCAAGACUAUGAGAAGCUUGCCAGCAAGUACCAAGAGGCUUUGCGGACUUUGGCCGCUCUCCAAGACUCAGUGGACGAGGCGCGCCAUCGCGGAAUCACAUCAGUGCCUUCCUCCCGGCCAAGUUCUUUCAUGGCAGAAGCGGGCGUCAAUGGACUCCCAUCAGAGGACUUGUCGCCCUCGCGUACAUUGUCUGCAGAGUUGGCCUUGGCAGAGGCUUGCAAUACCAGCAUUCCAGACGAUGAGACAGAGGUUGGCCAAGAUGAGGCCAAGGCUCGACGAGCAUCAGUCGACUCCACAAACCAGGAGCAACACAUUCCUGAGACUGUGUUAGUCCAGGAGCUGAAGGCCCUGAAGCUACUUCAUAACGAGAAGGAGGAGCGCAUAGAGAAGCUUCAACACAGCUACUCUCAGCUGCAAGAAGAGCAUCAAGAUACACUUGACUACGUGGAAGAACUGAAGUCGGAAGUCACGAAGGCCCAGAUUCAGGCGAACCGACCAUCUUCUCCAUCCCUACACAUGAUCCGCCGCAAGUCUAGCCAAGCAGUCCUUGCGAACGAUCGUUCUAAUCGCGCAUUCGCCUCGCUCCGUAACAUGGCCCUGGAUACGCUUGAAGAGGACCCUGAUGCCAUCCAAAACUUCGAGCUUAACCUCAACACCAUCAUGUCCGAGCUCCACUUACGGUCUGAGCGAGUGCAGGACUUGGAGGCAGAAUUGCAAUCUGUACGCAAGGAGAUGGAAGGCAAGAUGACACUGAUCAGCGGCCUGACAAAAGAGCGCUCUAGCUUGAAAGCUGGGUCUCCUAUGGAUAUCUCCAUCGUCGCUUCAAUGCAGGAUCAGAUGAAGCAGAACGAGGAGCAUAUCAAGGAGUUGAAGAAUUCCCACAUUCAGCGCGAGCAGGAGCUCAAGGAACAGAUUGAGUCUCUCAAGGCAUCUGUCAAUCGAUCUGAUGAUCUACUGUCACCUCGUCAGACGCCUGAGGGCAUGCGAACUGUCAGUGGUGAGGAAGAACCUGAAGACGAUGCUACCCGCCACACCCACCUCUCUCAGCUUAGUGAUGAGGCAGCCCAUUGGCAGUCCAAGCAUCUAGAAGCUAUCGAAGCUACCAAGGCUUCGGAGAAGCGACACCUUGAGACUGUUCGUGAACUAGAAUCCGCCAAACAACGUCUCGAGGUCGACCAUGCUCUUCGCAUAUCUGAGAUAGAGCAAACCCGAGGCGCUGACCAAGCUGCUCGUCUUGCUGAGCUUGAGGCCUCUCACACGAGCAUCCUUCAACAGAUCGAGGAAGACUCUGAAGCUCGAGCGCUCACCGAGAAGGAGCUUGAUACUCAUCGAUCCCUUGUAACCAAUUUGGAGAGGCAGAUCGAUGAGCACAAAGCGGCGAUUGAUUACCAUCAGCAGGGCAUGGACUCCAUCCAGAAGUCACAUGCAGCUGAGCUCGAGAAGCUCACUGAGGAGCUUACAACACAUCGAGAGACAACCUCUUCUCUUGAAGCGGAUCUUUCUCAGGCCAAGUCUGAAAUGGCGACGCUCCUUGAGGGUGUUUCGGCUGUUCUUGGCGAAGAGACGGAUGUCAGCAACAUUCAAUCUCACAUCGAAGCACUGGUCCAGGAACGCAAGUCCAUCACGACCAAACUGGAGGAGGCUCAGGCCGAGCUGGAAACCUCCAGGAAGGAGCUUACGGAAGCCAGCAACACCAUCAGUACGCUCAAGGGCAACCUGAAGGAGUUCGAGCUCAUCAACGCCGAGACGAUUAAGGAGCUUGAGAAGGUCAGCGAGAAGGAGCACAAGAGCGCCCGACUCGUGCAAGAACUCGAGGAUCAGCUCAACCAGAACUGGGACCAGCACGAGGCUGCCAACAACCGACUGUCGGCUCUCCAGACCGAGCGCACUCGCGAGCUUCAAGACGCGAUGAACCACGGCGAAGAGCUCGAGAAGGAAGUGCAAGAGUCACGCAUCAAAAUCGCGCUUUUGGAGUCACAACUCGUGGACGCGAAGCGCAACUCUCAUCGCGCUUCUAUUGAUCCUCGUGAAGACCUUCAACGAUCCAACUCGAACAACUCCACUGCGCGUAAGAGCACAGCGCACACGUCUCUGCCUUCACCACCACCCGCCAUUCCUCUCCCCCCUCUUCCCCCUGGCAGCCCGCCACCUCAGGCCAGUGCUCCAUCUCCUCCUACCUCGCGCCAUCAGAGCAAAGACAUCGCUCACGCUCAGUUGGUGGAAGACCAGGAGGCCCGCAUCCGUACCAUCGAGAAGCAUCUGUUUGCUGAGAAGCAGCUUACCGCUACUCUUGAGGAUGCUUUGACCGACCUUGAGGCUUCAAGCACCAAGACCAAGACUGAUCUGGAUCAGUUCAGGAAGAAGUGUGCCGGCCUAGAGGAAGAGCUCAACAUGAUGCGCAAGGAACGCAGCGCAGCCCGCCACUCUCUUCAAGCCGUCGAAGAGGAGCGCAAUGCCCGCCUUCGCGUUGAAGCCGAGCGUGCCCACCUCGAAGCUCGCAUGGCCGCCCUCAACAACGCACAAAAGAAGGGCAAGAAGAAGGGCACUCUGAACUGCUUCUAG